CGAAGUCGUCACCAUGGCCGCUACGCAUCGCACAGGAUCUGCUCGAUUCUGGACACUGGGCAAAGAACAAUCCAGGCGUUGGAUAUGAUCUUACAGCAGAAACGAAGGCAUGGAUAUUGAAAGAGCGAUUGGGUGGGGCGAAGAGUGCUGCAGAAUGGCAACGUGCCGCCGAACAGUUGGAUUUGCUGGAGGGCAACCACUGGUGGAAGAUGGAGGAUGAUUCGCAAUUCUUGGACAUAGAUCUGGUCAAGAAGCGGUUGGAGAAUCUCAAGGAUGCGAACAAGCGAUCAAACUUCGACCAGAUGUUAUUGCAUAUCCGAGAAUCUCUCAAGAGGGACUUGGGCGGCAUGUGCAAUCCUCGUCUCUACGAGCAUUGCUAUAAUGGGACCAAGCACAUCAUCGAGGAGUACACGGAAGUGGUCAAGUACACAAUCGAUCGUGUGGUCGCGCAUUGCGAGAUGGAACCGGAAUACUGUCACAAGUAUCUCGAGACGAUCAAGGAUGCUAGAGACUCAUUUGGCACAACUGCUCUUAUGCUUUCUGGCGGCGGUACUUUGGGCAUGUGCCAUAUUGGAGUCGUCAAAGCCCUUCUGGAGGCCAAGCUCCUGCCAAAGAUCGUCUGCGGCUCUUCUGCCGGAAGCAUCGUCGGAGCAGUUCUCUGCACAAAUCGAAAGGAAGCCCUCCUCGCCAAACUACAUGAUCUUUGCAGUGGCGAUCUCAAGGUCUUCCAAAGCGACGAUGAACCACAAGGCCUGGCUGGAGCGCUCGCAAACAUCCUUCGAGGCGAACCCGCUUUUCGAAUCGAGAAUCUCUGUCGGGUAAUGAAAGAGUUGUUGGGCGAUGUGACUUUCCGAGAGGCCUACAACCAGACAGGAAUGGUCUUGAAUAUUCAUGUCUCGUCGAAAGAUCGGCAUAAUUUGCCGCGUCUCUUGAACUAUAUCACCUCUCCCAACGUUGUCAUCUGGACCGCUGUGGCCUCUUCGUGCGCCUUACCAUUUGUGUUUGUGCCACCAGGGCUUCAAGCUAAGGAUACAGAGACUGGCGAGAUCAAGCCAUGGGGCGACAAGGACCUCGAUUACAUUGAUGGCUCCAUCGAAGGCGAUCUGCCGUCUCACAUCCUGGAGCGAUUGUUCAACGUAAACAACUUCAUCGCCAGUCAGGUCAAUCCGCAUGUGACGCCUCACAUCAAACCUAGAGGCCAGCGCAAAGUGGCCAAUUUCAUACACAAGGUCUCUGGGGUGGGUCAUGCUGGUGCUGUCAAACUUCUUGCUGGGCUUGUGGAUAUGGGAAUUGACUACUUCCCAGUCAAGAUGGCAUUUUCUGUUUUGACACAGAAAUACGAUGGGGACAUUACAUUGUUGCCGGCCGAGACCUUUGCGGAAAAUGUUGGCCUACUUGCAGUGUUAGCGAAUCCGACACCACAAUUCAUGCUUGAAGCUUCACGGGUUGGCGAGCGUCAAACAUGGCCGCACCUGUGUCGCAUACGCAAUAUGGUUGCCAUUGAAUUGGCUCUGGAUGCGGCCAUCUCCCAAAUACAAACACAAAUCGUC